AUGGCCAUCGGAUACGAGAUUUUGAGUCCAGAAGAAGAGGCAUCGGUGAACGUGGAUGCCUUGGUCAGCGAUACGGUAGCCGAGCACCAAGGAAGGAGUACGCCCCUGCUGAGCCAUAUAUUGAAUCAAACUGGACGCGCAACACCAACAAUUCCACCAGGCUUCACAGCUCCAAUGUUAACCAGGAAUGUUGCGCUGGAUCAGCCCAGCCGCCCAGCUUCGCGCAACGCCGCUCUGGUGGCUCCCGCUGUGCCGGUCAUUCCAGUCACUCCAGGUCGACUUGCAACGCCGAUAGGCAAGAAAGCAAAACAGGAACCCGGAGGAAUUACCCCUAGUGCUACCAAGCCUAUGGCUGGAGUGAUGUCAACGCCUUCGCCUGUACCAACAACGCCAGUCAGAGCCAGCCGAAACGGGAGCCCCUCCAAAGCAAAAUCUCAAACCAUAGAGACGCCAAAGAAGCCUUCUGAAGACCCAACACAUGCAUCGCCUGCCAGAAUGACGCCCCGAAACAAAGCAUCCAGUAAGAAGGCGGCUACAGCGAGUGAUACAUCGCCUCAGAAGGAUACCAAAUCUCUCGCUUCCACAGCGAUUCCCUCUUCAAAGCGUCAACCUCCAGGGAAACUGGAUAUAUCUGCUGCUACUAAAGUCCCCGAAAACGAGGCACCGUCAGCAGCAAGCUCGACGAAACAAGAGGCCCCAGCAAAGCCGAUCCGUUCUAUAUCGACAACAGCGCCGAUGUCUGUACCUGCAAGCCCUGCUGCAGCCUCGACUGGUUCCCCGAUCAAGAAAUCUAUUGGAGCCAAGACCCUUCGUGUGGUAGCCACACCCAAAACCGAGAGCCCGCCUCAUAUGCCCCCACUUUCAUCGCUACCACAAGUUCCAACUGUUGAAAAACUUCGCUCUAGGCAGGCUAGUAUUGCUUCCAUCAAUCAGCCAGGCACCCCAGCGAGCGAGUUGAUUUCCGACACUGCCUCUUUCACGUCCACGUCGAUCUCACGUGCGAGUUCGCCUCCUCUGGUUGGUGGCAAAGUCGGGAGCGCCCCGGUCAGGAAGAAGACCAAAUCACAGGCAAAGAAGGAUCGCCAAGAGCGAGCUCGUCAAGCAGAGGAAGAACGCGCAAUGGAGGAGCAAACACCUGAACCAGAAGUGGUUCAAGCCCCUAUCGUUGGACGUAAGAAGAAGACCAAGAAGCCUGCCACCAAUUUUAAGAACAAUGCGGCAUCGACGAAAAGCCAGUCUGAACCUACUAAGAUGUCAUCAAAGGAAGAGGAGGAGCUGGAGGAGCUUUACCAAGCUAACAUUGCUGCGAAGAAAGCCGCUGCCGAUGCUGAUGCUGCUGCUGCUGCUGCUGCUGCUGCUGCUGCUGCCGCCGCCGCCGCUGCAGCGGCGAUCAAACCCUCCGCUCCGUCGCCUCGCGUCGAGCCGGUCGCUGAAUUUGAACCAGACCUGGCAAAAGAUAAGCGCGAGCUCACUGCUCAAUCUAUUCUUUCCGAUCUACAGAGGACUGGCGAGCUGGUCGCUUCAGCCCUAGAGUUCUUCAAGCCACUUUCAUCAUCACUUGCUCAUGCAUCGAAAGCAACGCCGAUGAGUGGCGGUCCUGUGGGCCCGCCUGACCUCAAGAUUCAUUUCACUGAGGCCGACCUCGAGGCACUUACAAAGAAGCUACCCGUUCAUCUCCGCGGCCAUGACGGGACUUCAGAUUCGAGGACGUUGAUCACGCCGCAGGGUAAGUUCUUCUGGGGCUUGACUCAGGAAUUAGAAGAAAAGGCGUUGGAGCUCGAAGAGUAUAUUGAAGAGCUUAGAGGUGCUGCUCGCUUCCACCCAAAGAAAUAUAAUGCCCAUAACACCGGCUUCCAGGGACAGCCAAAUCUCCCAGCCCUGGCCACAGCGCUGAAAGAGGCAGGGGCAAAAUUAAGCAAAAGCACCGGUCAAGACAUGCCAAGACUGGACUCUCCAUCCGCCUACCAAGGCGGCCCAUCACAACGCUCACAGCUUCCACCAGUGCAAGCGAAUGAGGAUCUGCUUCCUCCCAACCAAGCGCAGCAGCCUCAGACGCCAGCUGACGCAGGUGUUUACUUGAAUCAGUUCGUCCUUCCCAACACCGACAACCCGCCACCCAAUGCACCACGCCCAGAAAUGGCAGCUGUCGGCGGUCUCCCUGGUGCUGGCACAGCCAACAUAUCCGUCAAUGCGAACAAGCUCGCCAAAGCAGCCAAGGCAGUCGCUGAAGGUGGGGCGGUUGGCCAGGAACUCGAGGGCAUCGGCGCCAUAACUGCUGAUCUGCUUGGCGGCGUAUUUGUGCAGAACCUCGAGGCACUUGUGGGUGCGGACCUGGGUUUCUCGUCCUUCUCCGGAACUUCCGACAUUGGAAUCGACGGGAGCGGACUUGAUGUCCAGGGCUUGGUCAGCGCUUUUGAGGCGGGGGUCGGUCCAGGUGCAGGAAGGAGGAGAGGUGGGAGAAGUGUUCUGAGUGUUGAGGAGGCAGAACAGGCAAUGCUGGCGGCGAAGAAGGAUCACGAGGCGCUGGAGAAAAAGUUGAGCGCGCUCAUCAAGAGGAACAGGAAGAUGCUGAGUGCUGGAAAGGCGUGA